AUGGAGACUGUGCUGCUGGCAGUGUGUGGGAACUUUGCUGUCCUGGUGGAUCUUCAUAUAUCACCUCAAGGUUCAAACAAAGAUACCAGCUGGUUUUCUGAAGAAAAGAAAGAGGAAGUCUGUUUACUGCUGAAAGAAACCAUUGAUUCAAGAGUUAAGGAGUACUUGGAAGUUCGUAAACAACACAGACCGUCAAAUGCAGAAUUCACACGAUCCAGUCCCUUGUCCUUAAAAGGUUACGGCUUUCAGAUCACAGCCUACUUCAUCAAGAGAGGAGUACGCCUUCGCUGCAUCAGGGGCUCACCAAGUACUGAACUCUGUGUGUUCCCUGACAGAUUCGUGGUCUGUGUAAGUCAGCUCACGUUUAAUUGCAGUCUUUCAGCAAAUCAGAAUGAAGAGUUGAGUGAUUAUUUUGCUGAGUAUGCAGAGAGCCCACUUCCUCCUGGUACAAAGCUCAAGAAAAAUGCUAUGGAAGAAAUUGUGAAAAGAACUGAAACAAAAAGCAGCAUCUUGAGCAAAUCACAGACCAUCAGGGACACUGUGGGAACAUCUAGUAACUCAGUGACUGCCGAAAGACGAAGGAGUCUGGGAGGUGGUCAAGCUUCAUCCAGUCCCCCUUCGAAAUCCACAGAACCAGUAAGGGAUUAUAUAAAGGCAGCUGGAAGCCACUGGGGGCUUCCUGUUCAAAAACUGGAAAAUGUUCAUCAGACCCAGCUAAAAGAUACUAGCAGCCAGCAAAAACCUCAUCGUGGGGAGCGGUUAAAGACAGAGCUUCUAAGCAAGCCUGACUGUAGCUGUGAGUCAGCAUAACCAAGUCCAAAACAAAGUCCACGAUCGGCCAAGGCACAACAGAAAUGCAGGAACUGCGGCUUUGUAGAAGACUUCGACCACCACAAGAGAGUUUCUCUUGGAAGUGAUCAAUUAGUCCCAAGAGAAAUAAUAGUAGAAAAAGCAAAAAUAAGGCUGUCAGGGCUUUGCCAACAUUAAGAAUUGUCAGAUCCGGGGUUACUUUUGAAACAAGAUUUGGCAAAAACCCUGUCUAAUGAAGAGUUGCAUGUUUUGGAAACUCUCUCCUCCAGACAUCUCAUGAAAAAUAACCCAGGGCAGAUACAGCAAACCAAUUCAGCCAUGAACACUGAAAGAUUAUCCACGAUCAAAUGAGCCAAGAAAAGAAAAGAAUACUGCAGAGGUCACAGCCAUUAA